AUGCCGAACAUCACUCGUUUCCGCACAACCUGGGGCAUUCCCCCUGGCGAUAAUUUCGCAACAUGGAGGCAGCUAUUUCCAGAGCUCAAGGCCAAGGGCUACACCGGAGUUGAAAUCGACUACAGAGCUGUGAAGACCGAGGAUCUCCCCGAGUUGAGAAAGCUUCUGGAUGAGUCCGGCCUCCAGUUCAUCGCACAAAUCAUGUCUUCAUGGCCUGGAUACGAAGGAGCGAGACCCCCGGGGCUGACCCCUAAAGAUCACCUCGAUUUCUAUCGCAAGCAGCUUGAGCGCGCCAAGGUUUUGAAGCCUGUCAAGGUUAACGCACAGUCUGGAAGCGAUAUCUGGACACCGGAUCAGUCGGUUGAGUUUUACCGAGGGACUUUCAAGAUCGAUGAGGAGCUGGGCUUCGCUGGGAAGGUCACCCACGAGACACACAGAAACCGCUCCCUUUACCAUCCGUACGUUGCGAAGUACGUUUUGGAUCGAGUUCCCAACCUUCGAAUCACCGCGGACAUCUCCCACUGGGUAGUCGUUGGCGAAAGACUCUUGGACGUGUCCGAGGAGGAUAUUGCUGUUCUCGAAUCCGUCAUCCCUCACGUUCACCAUAUUCACGCUCGUAUUGGUACAACUCAAUCAUCACAAUGUCCUGAUCCUUCGAACCCCAUUUACAAUGAUGAGAGGGAGUUCUUCGAGAAGCUGUGGGUCAAGAUUGUUCAAAACGCCGUAAAGACAAGGGGCGAUGAUUUCCAAGUUACCUUCACUCCGGAAUAUGGCCCGUACCCAUACCACCCUCACUUCGGCCCUAGAAUAUACACUGAGGUUGCUGACACCGAGGGUGUCCGUUUGGAGAAGCUCUUCCACGCAGCUUUGUAA